UCGUACGUUCACCGUUAAGUUCUACUACCGCCGGUUCCUCCCAAUCUCUGGUCCUCUCUCUCUCUCUCUCCCUCUCCCUCUCUCCCAAGUCCUUUGCUUGCUCUCUAGCAUUCAGCUACAGUGAGGCACAGAAAAUAGAGCCAUUGGGAGCCAUUUCAAAAACCAUCACCGGCAAAAGCGUCAAUGGCGAUCUCACUUCUCAGUACUUUUUUUUAUCUCAACCACCUCCUCUGACUCUCUUUCUCUCCCGUUCUGUGUGAAAAAUCAUUAGCUUUCUCUGCCUUUUUCGCAUUGGAUGCUACUUUAUACAGCACCAUUGUCUCAGAGAAAUCAUAACCACAAACCAAGUUGUUCGGUAUUUAACGUACAUUCACUAGCAGAGGAGCGCUCCUUAGUUCAGAUCUGAAAGAUGGUAUGUAAGAAUUAAGAUAAGCCAAGGCCAGAAACAGCUCGUUAUCUGGUUGAAGAAUUAGGAUUUAAUGCAGAGUAAGGGUAUGGGGGAUCUGGGAGUUAUUUUCUCUUCGGUUUUCUUGGUGGGUUUGGUUUUCAUUCUGGGUAAUGCGGACCCAGUUGAGGAGAAGCGAGCUCUGCUUGACUUUGUGAACAACUUCCCUCACACUCGCUCUCUCAACUGGAAUGAGAGCUCCCGUAUGUGUCACUAUUGGACCGGAGUGACUUGUAGUGAAGAUAACUCUCGCGUUAUAGCCGUCCGAUUGCCUGGAGUUGGAUUUAACGGCCCCAUUCCGCCGAACACUAUAAGCCGCCUUUCAGCUUUGCAAAUUUUGAGCCUCAGAUCCAAUGCCAUUACUGGGCAUUUCCCUUCUGAUUUUGCCAACCUCAGAAACUUAUCGUUUCUUUACCUUCAAUUCAACAAAUUCUUGGGUCCAUUGCCAUCGGAUUUCUCAGUUUGGAAGAACUUAACCAUCGUCAAUCUGUCUAACAAUGGUUUCAAUGGGAGCAUUCCUUCCUCGUUCUCGAAUUUGAGUCAGCUGGCGGGUUUAAAUCUUGCAAACAAUUCACUUUCGGGUGAAAUUCCCGACCUCAAUCUGCCCAGAUUGCAAGUGCUAAAUUUGUCUAACAAUGAUCUGAAUGGCCGUGUGCCUAAGUCACUUCAGAGGUUUUCAAGGUCGGUGUUUAGUGGUAACAAUAUUUCUUUUGAAACUUUACCUCCUAAGCUACCUCCUGUGCUUCCAUCCUCUUCAGCAUCUUAUCCGAAGCAUAGGAGUUCCGGGAGACUUAGUGAAGCGGCAUUUUUAGGAAUUAUAGUUGCUGGUGGUGUUCUAGGACUUGUGGCGUUUGCUUUUCUAGUACUUGUCUGCUGCUUCAGAAGAAAAAGGGAAGAUAGUUUAUCGGGUAAAUUGCAGAAGGGAGAGAUGUCACCUGAAAAAGUGAUUUCCAGGAGUCAAGAUGCGAAUAACAAACUGGUUUUCUUUGAGGGUUGUAGCUAUGCAUUUGAUUUGGAGGAUUUACUGAGGGCUUCUGCUGAGGUACUGGGAAAGGGGACAUUUGGCAUGGCUUAUAAAGCAAUUCUAGAGGAUGCAACCGCUGUGGUGGUGAAGAGGUUGAAGGAGGUGAGCGUUGGGAAGCGGGAUUUUGAGCAGCAAAUGGAGCUUGUGGGGAGUAUUAGACAUGAGAACGUGGUGGAGCUGAAGGCAUAUUACUAUUCAAAAGAUGAGAAGCUGAUCGUGUAUGAUUAUUACAGCCAGGGAAGCGUCUCGGCCUUGUUACAUGGUAAAAGGGGAGAGGAUAGGACCCCUUUGGACUGGGAUGCCCGACUAAGAAUAGCAAUAGGUGCAGCAAGAGGCAUUGCUUGUAUCCAUUCAGAGAAUGGCGGGAAGCUUGUUCAUGGCAACAUCAAAUCCUCAAACAUUUUUCUCAACUCUCGAUCGUAUGGAUGUAUGUCUGAUUCUGGAUUGACAACUAUAAUGAGCGCACUGGCCCCACCUAUCUCCCGCGCUUCUGGAUACCGAGCCCCAGAAGUGACGGACACCAGGAAAGCAGCACAGCCUUCUGAUGUCUACAGCUUUGGGGUGGUGCUGCUGGAGCUCCUCACUGGAAAAUCCCCCAUCCAUACUACUGCAGGUGACGAGAUUGUCCACUUGGUCAGGUGGGUUCAUUCAGUUGUCCGAGAAGAGUGGACAGCAGAAGUCUUUGACUUGGAGCUGAUGAGAUACCCAAAUAUUGAGGAAGAGAUGGUGGAGAUGUUACAGAUAGCAAUGUCAUGUGUGGUGAGGAUGCCAGAUCAGAGACCUAAAAUCAUGGACGUCCUGAAAAUGAUAGAAAAUGUCCAGCGGCUUGAUACAGGAAAUCGGCCAUCGGCUGGAAAGAAAUAUGAAAUGCCGACCCAACCACAACUGGUGGGUGGAAAAGAAUUCUCUCGCACGGAGUGAGCCAUUUGUUUAUGUUUCAACCUUGGUUUGCUGGUGUCUUGUCAGUUCGAUUCAUGCAAGAUGCUUUGCUUCUGUUAAUGAACAAAAUCAUGAUUCAUUUUUGUCAACAUGAUCCGAGUAAGGUAGAUUUAGGUCAGGUUUCAUAUCUGUGUAUCUCAGUGGGCUGUUGAUGCCCGCGAUAGCGGUAAGAUGCUCUCUCUCCCCCCUCUCUCUCUCUCUCUCUCUCUCUGGUGUAUUAACAACGACUGCAUGGAAUGCUCAAUUCUCAUAUUUGUUA